AUGCAUCCAAUCCACAUGCACGGAACCGACUCGCAUGGUCCGUCCCGGCAAAAUUUUCCUCCUCCAUUGCCCUCGACCUCGACCUCGACCUCAACGAAGACCUCGACCUCAAGCUCGCAUCCGUCCCACGCUCGCGUCGGCCGGCAGCUUGAUGCGCAUGCUGCCCUCGACCUUGAUGCCAGACGCGGCAACGCCGGCUCGCCCCCCCCUCGCCCGCUCCGACGACCAGGGCUUUCGCGGAUGACGAUGCGGCCGACGAGUGACGAGUCAGUCUCGUCCGGCGCCACCUCCCUCUCGGCUCGAACGCGAUCCACGACACAUUCGGAAGCGUCCCCCGCGCGGCCCUUUGUCCUGCGCAACGGUCGAGCCUACCUCGGCGACGGCGGCGUCCAGUACCCUCUCCCGUUCGAUCUCGCGGAGCUGCACCGUCAGUCUCUGCGGACCCUGCUCCUCAUCCAGCUCUUCGGCGCGCCCGUGUGCUCGCCCACCUUCACCAAGCGUCCGCCGCAGCGGGUGCUGGAGAUUGGCUGCGGGUCUGCUUUCUGGAGCGUCAUGUGCCAUCGAUACUUUCGAGGCCGCGGCCACACGGGCAUAUCCUUCACGGGCCUCGACCUCGCGCCCCUGUCGGCGGCCUCGAACGCGGCCUCGGACGGCUCGGCGGCGCGGCCCGACAAGGACAUGCGGUGGACCUUUGUCCAUCACGACUUGCGCCAGUUCCCGUGGCCGCUGCCGAGCGGCGAGUACGACCUCGUCAUGGUCAAGGACAUGAGCCUUGCGACGACCAACGGCCAGAGCCAGCGCUUCGUCGACGAGUACAUCCGGCUGCUGCGACCGGGCGGCACCCUCGAGGUGUGGGAGUCGGACCAUCUCAUCCGCAUGCUCCGGCCGCACGUUCCCGGGCCGGCCCAGGCCUGCGAGGCCGACGAGCAGGAGGCGGCGCGUCGGCUCGGCGCCUACGUCAUGUCGGCCAACACGCCGCUGUCGACGCCGUUGAACCCCUACCUCGCCGAGUACAACGGCUGGCUCGGGCGGGCGCUCGAGGCCCGCGACCUCAGCGCCGUGCCCUGCACCCUCGUCGGGCCGGCGCUGCUGCAGGAGGCCGAGGCGCUCGUCGACGUCCGGUCGCGGCGCCUCGCCGUGCCUCUCAGCGACGUGCGGUGGGAGCGCCGGGGCGGCGAGGCCGCGACGGAUCGAAACGGCAAGCACGGGAAACGCGAGAUGACGGCGGCCAAGGGGAAAGCCGAGGCGGAGCAGAGGAUGCUCAGCGUCGGCCAGCAGGCGGUUCGGAGCACGGCGCUGCUGACGGUCGUCCAGCAGGUGCAAGCGCUCGAACCGCUGCUGCGCGAGGUCAGCGGCAAGAGCCAGGACGAAUGGGACGUCUGGCUCGGCAAGAUGAUGGCCGACCUCGUGAGCGACGGCGGGGCGAGCUGGGGCGAGUGUCUCGAGGUCGGCGCCUGGUGGGCGAGGAAGCGGUCCCAGGCUGCAUGA